GGAAACGACAUCGUGCCAGACGCAGUGUGGUAUCCUGGUUUGGAUCCUGGAGCAAACCAAGGGCUUCCGCAGGAAAGCUUGAGCAGAUCCUAACGAACUCUGCAUGACCCGAUGAUCUCCAGCAGGAGACACGUCCUGACACAGGCCAAGAGUGGCAGCCACACGUACCCGGAAGGGACAGGAAGAGGAGAAGCAGCCUGGGCAGAAACCUGUUUUUCCUUCUGCGAAGGACGCCUUUGGCCCAUGAGCAAGCUGGGGAGGUCCCUGAGUGAGUCGCAGGUGCAAGCCCGGGAAGCAGAAGAGGAUGACAUGACAGAAGGCGAUUUAGGGUAUGGCCUCGGUAGAAGACCUGGUGGCAUUUAUGAGGUGGCAGGUCCACGGUUAUUCGCGUCCAGAAAAAGAUCCAACGAAAAGAACUCUAGCCCUCCCCCGAGAAAGGGGGAAGAGCGAUGGGGAGCCGUUUUUCACUUUCCCCAGCGAAAGAGCUUGUCUGAUACCUUCCCGCCCGGGCCCGGACGCCCCAGCUGCAGACGGCGGAGCAGCACUGAUACUAAUUCAGAGUGGUCGAACCAAGAGUUAAGGCAGCGUCUUCUUGAAACUUUAGAGGAGGUAGAAAUUUUAAAAACUGAACUUGAGGCAUCCCAAAGACAACUUGAAGGUAAAGAGGAAGCAUUGAAAAUUCUUCAAAGCAUGGCAAUACUUGACAAAGCCACAAGUCACACCCAGACAGUGCUUCAAAAAACUGUGGAACAAAAGCGAUCGUUAGAGAAGGAAAUAAAUGCCUUGCGGUGGGAAAUAGAAUUUGAUCAGAAUAGAUUUAAAAAUAUAGAGGAGUCUUGGACCCAAAAAUAUGACAGACUAAAUUGUGAAAAUGCAGUCCUUAAGGAAAAUUUGAAGCUGAAAACAGAAGAAAUUAAAAUGCUAAAGUCUGAAAAUGCAGCUUUGAACCAGCGGUAUCUGGAGGCCCUCGCCAUGCUUGAUGUCACGCAGCAGAAGAUGGCUCAGGAAAACCCGUGCGCCCAUCCAGGGGGCUCCACAGAGGUUUCCAGUCUCGAGCUCGCCGUCCUCGGAGCCUGCCGUUGUCACGAUCCUGGGGAGAGGCCCUGUUCCUGUGCCCGCAUGGCAGCAUCCGCCCGGAAGUUGCUUCUGCAGCUGAAACACGAGCUGGAACUUUUGCAGAAGAGUAAAGAAGAGGCUUACGUAAUGGCAGAUGCAUUCAGAAUUGCGUUUGAGCAGCAAUUAAUGAGGAAAAGUGACCAGGCACUAAGAUUGACACAAAUGGAUACAAUGUGGCAAAAAGCAGCAAAACGGAUAAAUUGGAAGCACCUUAAAGAGAAUGGGCUCGUAUCACAGAGGAGCAAGAAAACCUUAGCACAGAAACUACUGGGCAUGCUCCCUUCGGAAAACAUUUCCAGGAGGACUGAAGACCGGGAUCAGCCACAGGAAGUCUUCAAGAUGCUAAUAGAUUUGUUGAAUGAUAAAGAAGAAGCUUUGGCUCAUCAGAGGAAAGUUAGUUACAUGCUUGCCCGUGCAUUGGAAGACAAAGAUACUAUCUCAAAAGAGAAGAAAGAAAAAGAUCCUGUGAAAGAGAAUUUUCCAUUCAAAAACUCCGGGCGUAAAACUUCACAGUUCCCUGUUCUGCGUGAUCCUGUACAUCCAAGCGUCCCGGUGUUUAAAUCUGCGGGCUGCAGCUGUUCAGGCCAGCACCCUCUACCAGAUCCGGCCUGCCCAAGAACUCUUAAAAGGUCCUGUUCUUUGCCGUCAACUAUCACACUUGGAAGACAAAGCAGUUGAAAGGAGAACCGGGAGCUGCUUAAUGCAAGAGACUUUGACAAAGGACGUAUUGCAAGGCUGUGUGCCUUCUGGAUGUCUACAUAUUAGGAGACAGCUUAAAUGAAGCUUUUCCUACGAGACAUUUAUUAGGGGCCAGCGCUGUGGUGUACCUGGUGAAGCCUCUGCCUGCAAUGCAGGCAUCCCACAUGGGCACCUGGCUGCUCCACUUCUGAUCCAGCUCUCUGUUAAUAGCCUGGGAAAGCAGUGCAGGAUGGCCCAAGUGCUUGGGCCCCUGUACCCACGUGGGAGACCCGGAAGAAGCUCCAGGCUCCUGGCUUCGGAUUGCCCAGCUCUGGCCGUUGCGGCCAUCUGGAGAGUGAACCACAAGAUAGAAGACCUCUCUCUGUGUCUCUUCCUCUCUCUGUGUCUCUUCCUCUCUCUGAUUUUCAAAAUAAAAAUAAAUUUUUUUAAAAAAAUUUAUUAGUAUUGUGUGUUGAGAUAUUUAUAAAUUACAUUGCUAUGUUUUAUGAAGUUUUCAGUAGUUGUCAACAUCUUAACAAAAAAUGAUUCUUCGGAAAAGCAAAAUUACUCCUUUAUACUGGGCGUUUUAUGUUACUGUUAAAUCUGUGUGCUUUAAAGCAUUCGUUACCAUUUUCUGUUGUGUUUAUAGCUUGAUGAUUUCCAUGUAAUUAUUGGCUCCAAUUUCUUUUUUUUUUUUUUUUUUUAUUUAUUUAUUUGAAAGAGUUACACAGAGAGAGAAGGAGAGGCAGAGAGAGAGAGAGACAGAGGUCUUCCAUCGCUGGUUCACUCCGCAACUGGCUACAGCAGCCGGAGCUGAGCCAAUCCAAAGCCAGGAGCCAGGGGCUUCUUCUGGCUAUUUUCAUAGCUUUGGUUUUGGUCGGGAGGCAACGUUGUGUCUGCAGGCGCUAAACAGCUUCUGUGACUGCGUCUGGUGAGGUGGAUGUGAUGGUCUCAGGGAUCUGAAGAAGCAGAUGGCAACACGUCCAGACACGGCCCGCACCAGGUGCGCUGUAGCCACGUGAUUGUAUGUAAAUUAAGUCUGGAUGGAAGUUCGGUUGAUUGGAUUCUCCUGAGGAAAGGCAAACACUUCAGUGCUACAGUCUUUUUUUUUUUUUUUUUGACAGGCAGAGUGGACAGUGAGAGAGACAGAGAGAAAGGUCUUCCUUUGCCGUUGGUUCACCCUCCAAUGGCCGCCAUGGCCGGCACGCUGUGGCCGGCGCACUGCGCUGAUCCGAAGCCAGGAGCCAGGUGCUUUUCCUGGUCUCCCAUGGGGUGCAGGGCCCAAGCACUUGGGCCAUCCUCCACUGCACUCCCUGGCCACAGCAGAGAGUUGGCCUGGAAGAGGAGCAACCGAGACAGAAUCCGGCGCCCCGACCAGGACUAGAACCUGGUGUGCCAGCGCCGCUAGGAGGAGGAUUAGCCUGUUGAGCCGCGGCGCCGGCUGUUACAGUCCUAAUGUGCAUGCACUGCAUAAUGUUUUAAGAACAGACCACAUACUGACUGGGGUCCCCGAAGAUCAUAUCACCUAGUGACUUGGUAUCCAUCUUCAGGGAAGUACGUUUGAAGAUGUUCACCUAACGAGGCAUUUCUUCAGUAGGGAUGGAUUCCUGCCGCUAACACGCUGACUACUUCCUUGCUUGUUAUGACUCAUGGAGGAUUAACAAUGCGGGUGCAGGGGCCCAAGGACUUGGGCCAUCUUCUACUGCCUUCCCAGGCCACAGCGGAGAGCUGGAUCGGAAGUGGAGCAGCCGGGACUCGAACUGGCGCCCAUAUGGGAUGCCAGCACUGCAGGCAGUGGCUUUACCUGCUAUGCCACAGCACCGGCCCCAUGAGAUGAUUUUUAAAAAAGACUCACAAAGCUGAGGCGGGCAUUUGGUCUAGUUAAGAUGCUAGUGUCCCACUCGGGAGUGCCUGGGUUUGACUUCCAGCUCCUGACGCGUUUCCUGCUGACACAGACUCUGGGAGGUCCUGGUGUACACGCAUACUUGGGCUCCUGCCGCCCAGGCAGGAAUGUGGUCAUUAUGUUCUGGCCUGUGCAUGUUUCAUUUGUGACCAUUCCAGCUUCUGCUUGUUAGCAUGGAGUGAGGGUGUUAGCCCCUGCCAGACAAUAUACAGCCCAGUAUGUGUGUGGAAGAAAUAUUAGGUGCAUUAAAAAAAAAAACAAAAUAUUAUUACAAGUAUGUACUCACGUACAG